AUGUUCAUAAGGAUUACUAAUAUUUGGUCCUUAUUGAUACUUAAUUUAAAAUUUAAUAUUAAAUCCAAUUAAAUUAGCUAUAAAUAAUGUUAUAGGUUGUUUUUGGAAUAUUAAUCAAAAUCUUGUCAAGAAUAUGAUCCUUUAUCAAUGAAUGAUUAGAACUGUUAUAAUUCUAGUUUUGGAACCUUCCAUUGGAAGAAAGAAGAAGGGGAGUGUAUUUCUUGUUAUUAAUAAUUGUUGAUUCUAUCGAUUAUUAUAAUAAUGCUAAUUUGA